AUACCUGGAUUGAUGCGGCGCUAACUUUCAAACCACGCCGUCGAGUCGGAGAGAUAAAAUUGCAGAAAUUACACUUUUCAGUAAUUGAUUUAUCAAAUUUAGAUGAUGCAGCCAGAUGAAAAAUACAACCCAAAGCAAGAACUCUGUUGAGAUGAACACUAGAGAUGUCCUACACCUCUUCCCUCCUAACUGGCAUGACCUCCUCACAGCCGAACAGCCGGAUUUCAACAGCUGCGGAACGGAGGGAGCAGAAAGAUGGCUCCAGAAAAUGGAAGGAGGCAGUUGCCAUGGCGAAAAGACGUUAUUUCCAUCAACCUCUCCUUGCAUUCAGGCGGCCCCGGAUUGGUUUGGGCUUCUGGGCUCAUUGGUAGCAGUGGAUGAUACAAGGCAGGAUGGGGCAACAUCGUUAGAAGGGACCUACAGAUUCUUCCGACUACCCAUGCAGCUCCAGCGAACUCUCCUAGCUGUGAUCUCCCAUCAUGCAUCAGAAAUACCACUUCCUCUUCUACAGAAGCUGACCAGGUGCAUCCAAGAUGGCCGCCUCACUGACCACUGGAUGCAGUUCCAUCUACAUGAACUGCAAAAUCACAUUGCAACAUUCCUCCCCAAACCUCACAGCCAGAGAUCAAAGGUCGUACCAAUGAAAGCAGGGUUCUUGUCGGAGCGGUCUAAAGGACUGUUCAGGAAAGUCUGCGAGUCGGUCUCCGAGGUGGAGAAUCGUCGGCAAGGGGAUGGGGCUGUUAGCAAUGACAGUAUAGGAUUGUUGUCAAAUAUGGCACCAGGGUCCAGCGGGUUCCGAUGCUUCGUGGAACAUUUCAGAGAGAGUGGCAUUGCAGAUGGGAUUCGAACUAAGGCCAAAGGCAACUUGACAAAACUUCCCAAAAGAACUUCCAAGGAUGAGUUUCAGCAGAAUCAAGCAAACCAUCCAUUUGACUUGCUAGCCGAACAAGAUCAGUCUGGGCCGGACCUCCAUAGACCAAAGAGAUUGAAGCAAGAUGCUGGUGGAGGAAACGCCAAGGAGGCCCUUGUUCAACCUCCCCCUGUACUGGAUGAUCAAGUGCUAGAUAGGAUAGUAGAAGAGUGUGAACUUCAUGAGGGAGGGGAGGGUAGUAGAGUGAAGAGCAGGAGUGGUAGUGGCCAUGUUGAUGAUGUCAUGGAGGGGGAGGAAAAGGCUGUGAAUGCAGAUGAUGAUGUUACCAAGGGUAUCCCUGUGGACAGUGAAGAAAUGAAAUUCAUCAAAGAACUUGGUCCUGACGUAAAGAUGCAGCUAGAUGCAUUGAAGUCAGCAUGGCACAGCGAAGGGAGUACAGGACAUACAGAGCUCUGCAAAGAAGCUCUCAGGUUUAUGGCUACUUGUACAUCAGCUCAGCUCUCAGAGGUAUGUGUCUACAUAGAUAUGAGUGCCAUUGAUCUAUCAACCUUGCCUGUCGUAUGUCAGAGUAUCACCCCAAAAGCCGAUCUGUUCAGUUAUACAGCUACAGGGAUUCUGGCCAAGGAACUUUUCUUGGACAAGAUGACAUCUUUAACACAGAGGGCACCAAGAGCCUUGAACUCGGCUGUUGUCAACUUCACCCAAGCCUUUCCCAAGCCAGCUGUAGAGGGAGCCCUAGCACCUUGUAUCGUCCACUCUGAGGCAUCUUCCGUCCAGUAUGACCUUGUGUCCAAAGUGGCCAAAGAGGCUUUGGUCAAUGACCACAGAGCGUAUCUACUCCGGAGUCUGCUCGUCUGUCCUGACUUAGUCUGGUCAGAAAUGGUCAGUGGCUUCGUCCAAAAUCUGCUGGAUAUGAAGCUGGAGUUGGAUUCGUCCCUCCUUGGUCUUCUGUGUGCAUCCCUUGGACAGAAUGGAACAUCCCAGUCAAAAUGCAAGAGGUUUGCCAAAUUGCUUCUGGCUGUCAUCAAUAAGUGCAAUACACAGAUGACUCCUGAUCAUGUGAUCCACCUGCAGAGGUCAGUUGAGGUCAAUCAGACGUUCCUCAAGAAAGCUUGUCAACUGGCCCUGAAGAAGAUCAAGACCUGAGAACGUAAACAGCUGGUGAAGUUAAAAGAUUAUAAAUCUUCAUAGAGCUAUAGUUUUAUAUAUGUGUAACCGUUUUCUCAGUAUAAAUGUCUGUUUUUACGUCAACAUUAUCUGUAACACCAAUAUUUGAGAUGUGUCGGUGGUAACGAUUUGAAAUGUACAAGAGGAUCUGAAAACCAAAACCAAUAGUGACGCCAGAAGCAAGUCUGUUGAUCCAUAGACCUAUUAGAUCUAAUGAAACCAAUUUCUCAAUGUUUUAUAUUUGUUUAUCUUACCUCCUGUAGCCUUGUGUAAAUGUCUGGUUUUAUGUUAACAUUAUCUGUAACACCAAUAUUUAAGAUGCGUCUGUGAUAAUGAUUUGAAAUGCUAACAAGGAUCUGAAAAUAAAAAACAGCUAGUGACGCCAGCCAGAAGCAAGUCUGUUGAUCCGUAGAUCUAUUUUCAUGUAAACAAUUGUCUUGGUGUUUAAACUUGUGUAAUACCAGGUUCGUAUUUAAAUUAAUGUUACACAGUGAUAAAUGACACAGACAGGUUAUUGUACUUUGAAAGCACUUGUUUGAAUAACCCUAUAUCCGGGUAUUUAUAAUAGUCUGUGCUGUAAUUAUGGUUCACACAACAAUAUGAAUGAUUUACAAGUUAUAUAAACUUCGAUUUAUGUUAUUAUUGACAGAUUAAGACCAGUCGUUUAUUGUCCGCUCAUCAAUGAAUAUGGAAUGUUGCAAUCAAUAAUAAUUUAUUGUGAUCUUUGCGGCAUAGCGUUCAUAUAAGUCAAGUUAAUACGGAGGCUUCUAUCCAAUGAACAGGCUUGAUGGAAUGGAGCUGCGUGAUCUCCUGAGGAAAGCAGAGGGUCGACACUUUGAGACAUAGAUAUAGCGCAGCUUAUAUACGAUACAUAUUCAGCUGUGCUGGUUUAGAGCUCCUUUUUUACUAAAUUCUAUAAAAUAGACUCUCUCAAUUGAACAAAUAUGUUUUUAAUUUGAAGACAUUGACAGAUGGAGAGCUUGGUAUUUCUAUUUGCAAGCUAUUCCGUAGUGUGGGGGCAGCUAUGGCGUCCCCAAGAGUUACUUAAGUUUUGCCAUCAGGAAUCUGGAACAAUAAUUUAUCUGUGGAACUGGGCAGGCUACGACUGUGUGACUGGACUUUCAGUUGAAGUAAUUCUGUUAUGUAACUAGGAGCUUGACCACUUAAUGAUUUAUACACAAUUAACAAGAUUUGAAUGAAAUUUGUUGACGGACUGGCAACCAGUGGAGUUCUCUCAGAAGAGGUACGGUUCUAUUCAAUUCAAUUCAAUUUAUUUCCACUUUAAAAACAAUUUACAAAUCAAUAACAUAUGAAUAAUAGUGGCAGGAUCAUGAAAAGCACUAAUUGGCUUAUUGAAAAUGACCCUUAACAAUUCUACAUAUAACAUAUACAUUAUUAUAUUAUAAGAAAAUAUCAAAAAUUAUAACAGGAAAAACAUAACAGAAACAAAAAAUUCAAAAUUAAAGUGAAAUUUCUUUAGUGAGAAUGACAUUUCUCCUUCCUCCCAUCAGAGAGAGAAGAAGACCCCAAACUCCAUAGUAUACGUGGACCAUUCAAGAAAAUCUUUGCAAUUGACGUUAGGAAUACAUAGUAACCCUAAUAGAUAAAUGCCUAAAUCAAUAGUGAAAUGGAAAGAUCACCCUAUAGUUGUGAAUUCAUCUUCGAUGGUGCUGCUUCCAUUUACUCGGCAUGUGUUCCUCUCGUCCAUCAGUCGUCUUCAUUUCUUGAGGUAACCCCUUUCUCUUUAUUUGUAUUGUGUCUGUGACUGUUAUUCCUUUUUCAAUUAACCAUUCUGCGAUUGGGAUUGACGUGUACAGCCGAUCAAUGGUGAGAUUGAGGCCUCGCAUCUGUUGGUGCUCCUCCAUUUGUUUUAUGAGUUACUUGACUACUUCUUCAGUUCCUGGGGCAAUAGCAACUCCACAUGUCCUGUUAAGGAUGUAAUGAACAUCUCAAAAAUCAUGCGAUGCAGACCUGCACUUUUAGCAUUAGUUAACAUUUAGGCUAAAUCAGGAAAGUUGAAGUUUAUUAAGACGACUAAGAUAACAAUUCCAAUACCCUAUGUGCCACAAACAGUUGGCUCCAGGUACACGGUACCUCUUUCUUUGAACCGUCCUGCCUCAGCGUAGUGCCACUCCAGCUGGGUCUAUUCUUCGUAGUGAUGCUCUCACUCUCUCGCGAGCUUCAUAUAUACUUUUUUUUUUUGUAUUUCACAAAAUACAUUUUAUUAACAAUAAACUAUAGUCAACAAACAGCAACAACAAAAUAGAUAACACCAAUCUGUUUCUCCAUAAAAUGGCAAGUAUUACAAUGACUUCGCACAAUAGCUCGACUACACAUCUAAAACACCAACAUGUUUGAUACAAAACGCAGCAUUUGAUCUAAAAUUCUGCAACUAGUUCUUAGAUGCCAAGUCUACACAAGAAUUUUUAAUUGUUUUCAAAGAAAGAACAAAUUAUUACAAACAUAACUGAACAUUUAAUGAAAUUGGAAAAAAAGCAAGAAAGCCAAGAAUUGCUGAAGUUCCCAAUUUCGAACGUAGAACAGUUCUUGAACAGUUGGUAUGAAUAAUCGAUAAAAGAUAAAAUGUCAUAACCUUACUUCUCUGUAUAUAUAUAGAGUUACAAAAAAAAAUCAAUUUCCCAUUUUUACAAAAGAAUGCGAAAACUAUUCCAUCAAUCCUGGAUAUUAUAAAGAAAAGACUUCUUAACAAUGACAGCAUUGUUCUCCAACCAUCGUUUGGAAAGCGCCGAUGAUAUCCUCUGACAUGGAUAUCGAACUCUUCAUUAUUUAAUUGCGUAAAUGUAUUUCUUCUGAGGUUUAAUCCUAAACGGCGGUUGACGGUUCGUCUGGAUGCAGGAUGAAAAAUAUUGGUCAUGUCAGCAAUCCUAAACUGAUUUUCUACUUGAGUUAUAUUAUAACGGGGGGGGGGGGCACCUCUCCGACCAUCUGAUAGCCGAGGACAUAAAGUGACCUGAGGUGGAGCAGGUUUACAUUGUAUAUGUGUUUAUAGUCGCCAAAAGACCAUUUACUGAUAAUGUUACUCGUAACAUACUGCCUCUAAGUCUCUCGUACGUCCCAAGACGCUCAACAUUUCGAACCACAUUGUUGAGAUCACGGAUGGAGGUGGCUAUUGCGUCAGGUCCCGAAGCUUCCUCUACUCUCCUCUGGACCAUCAAAAUAAUUACUUCACACCGAUGAAGAAAUUGGCCAAUACCUGGCAGAUUUGCCCUCUCCUCUCUGUUAUCAAGUGGCUUGGAUCGACAUACAUGUCUGCGUGCCACACAACAUCUGGGGUAAAAACGAAUAAGGAAGACCAUUUUAUAUGGAAGCAGCUAGGUAUGUGAACAAAAUUAAUACACAAUGUUAUAAGUUUGUUGCAUAUAAAAUAAUUUAAUCUGAAACAUCAAGUAUAAAUGACUACAAACAUAAAUAAUUGUACCCGGCAGGCCUGCCCCCACAUGAGGAGAUUCGAAAGGAAAGUACAAACAAAUUUAAAAAAAUCAGAAACCUCUGUAUCAGUCUCUAGAGCGGGGUGGGGGAUGUAGGGGAAACAUUUACACUUUUUUAAAUAUUUAGUAACCUUCUUACCAAUGACGGCAUUGUUCUCCAACCACCGUUUGGAAAGCGCCAAUGAUAUCUGACAUAUAUAUCAAACUCUUCAUUAUUUAAUUGCGUAAAUAUAUUUCUUCUGAGGUUUAAUCCUCCUAAACAGCGGUUGGUGGUUCUUCUGGAUGCCGGCCGAAAUAUAGUGGUCAUAUCGGCAAUUCCAAACCGAUUCUCCACGACAAAACGGAGCUGUUUUUCAGUUAUUGAGAAAGAGAAGACGGCAUUGGCUAUCCCUCAAACUCUAUUUGAGCUCUAAUGGCUCUCUCCACCUCCGGCGGAAUGAAAGGGCGGCUCGGACGAAAGUCCUGAUUUAUAAGAGCCACUAAGUUCUCGACCCGGUUCUUCCCAUUUCCCACAAACUUAGCAAUACACGAUGACACAAUGUGACUUGAGGUGGUGCAGGUCUCUAUGUGUUUAAAUGAAGUAAUAAUGCAUUCACUGAUGCGGAUACCCGUAACAUACGUUCUCUGAGUCUCUCGUAUGUCCCGAGGCGCUCAACAUUUUGUACCACAGAGUUCAGUUCAGAACAGAAGUGGCUAUUGUUUCCGGUCCUGGCGUUUCCUCUAUUCUGCACCGUUAAAAUGAUAAUAAUUUCCUUUUCUUGUUGUUUGCAUGAUUUCAUAUGGCAAACGCAAUUGAAUGUUUGAAUUGUUCAAACAGACAAUAUUUAAACCCAAAAUGCCAUGAUGAUAAUUCUAACCUUUUAUUUGUCUCUUCAGAGAGAGAGAGAGAGGCCAAUAUUAUACAAAUAUACAAUGACAAUCGAGGAUCUAGCUGAAGCUAUUCGCAUCAAAGGAACAUCAAAUAGUAUUAUUCUCCCGAGGGCCAUCGGCCCAAGGGAAAUAGUACUUUUGAUGUUCCUGAGUGCAUUAGUUUUAGCUUGUUCCGAGAAUGAGUCAUUGUAUAUUUGUUUUAUAUCCCUUCCACCUGUACUAUUCCUUGGACAUUCACAUUCACA